AUGCUACAAAGGAGGAAUACUCAUUAUUUUCUAUUCUCUAUCCCCUGUUCCGAUUUCUUCUUCUCUCCAACGAUUUCUCUCUCUCUCUCUCUUUCUCUCUAUUUCCUCCUCUCUCCAACGAAUUCUCUCUCUCUUUCUGUUUAUUUUCUCCUCUCUCCAACGAUUUCUCUCUCUUUCUUUCUCUCUAUUUUCUCCUCUCUCCAACGAAUUCCCUCUCUCUUUUCUCUCUAUUUUCUCCUCUCUCCAACGAUUUCUCUCUCUCUCUUUCUCUCUAUUUCUUCCUCUCUUCAACAAUUUCUCUCUCUCUUUCUCUCUAUUUCCUCCUCUCUCCAACGAUUUCUCUCUCUCUCUUUCUCUCUAUUUCCUCCUCUCUCCAACGAUUCUCUCUCUUUCUCUCUAUUUUCUCCUCUCUCCAACGAUUUCUCUCUUUCUUUUCUCUAUUUUCUCCGAAUUCCCUCUCUCUCAACGAAUUCCCUCUCUCUUUUCUCUCUCUUUUUUCUUCUUCUCCAACGAUUUCUCUCUCUCUUUCUCUCCAACGAUUUCUCUUCUCCUCCCUCUCCAACGAUUUCUCUCUCUCUCUCUUUCUCUCUAUUUUCUCCUCUCUCCAACGAUUUCUCUCUUUCUUUCUGUCUAUUUUCUCCUCUCUCCGAUCAUUUCUCUCUCUAUUCCCCCUCUCUUCAACGAUUUCUCUCCUUAUAUUUCCUCCUUUGUCCAACGAUUUCUCUCUCUCUUUCUCUCUCUCUCUCUAUUUCUUCCUGUCACUAA